GUGCUUAUAUCGGCCAAGAUGGUAGGUUUCGCUUAGUCUAUUCAUUUUCGCCUACCGUUGCAACUACUAACUCAAUCUAGGUGUUCAUAAUGGGAGUCAACUUCCACGAGAAGAAGUUGGUCAAGAAAGCCCUCGAAAGCUUCUACGGUCUCGGCCCUCAGCUCUCCUCGCGUAUCAUGGCCAAAUACACAAUACAUCCCCUCGCCCGAAUGGGCACAGUACCACCAAAAACAGUCACAGCACUCACAGCCGAACUAUCAACCAUGACGAUAGAAAACGACGCCAGGCGAAUAGUACAGGAUAAUAUUAAACGAUUACGAGAUAUGGGAACGUAUAGAGGAAGGAGACAUGCUAUGGGUCUACCCGUACGUGGACAACGGACGAGGACGCAGAUCGAGACGGCGAAGAAGCUUAAUACGUUGGAGAGAGGAGGACAUAACUCUAAGAUUUAAGAAAAUGGAGAAGAACGGAUUGUAGCGGAACGGAGAAGCUCGCGAUCUACAUUGAUAAUCUCAUUGGAAUCGUCUGCAGAAAUGUGAUUUGCAGCAUAUUAGCUAAAGGCCAUCACUUAGAGGGUAUCCGGAAGACGGACACCUUCGCUAUACGCCAAACUAGGGACACUAUUCCUUUGUAUAUAUAGAUGUAAAAAUUGCAUCAUAGGAAGAAAAAAAGACAUCAACCAACAUUAAAAUAU